GAACUAGACCUGUUUGGUUCUUGGGUAGUGAUGAUCACUCCAUACAGAAAAGUAAUGGUGGAGGUCAGAAGUGGGGAGUAAGAGAGGGGAUGAAGAUGCUAGUAACCUCAUCACUGUUCACUGUCAGCCCUCGACCGAUACUGCCACCCUCACCAGUCGAGACAUCCAGCAAAACAACAUCCAUCAGCACUGCUACUGUUGUUACAGUAAAGGAGGGGCCCUCACCUCCACCACCUGUUCAAACUCAACAUCCACCUCCAUUAUUCCUCAAACCGUCACUGGAGAAGGAAGUAGAGAGCUGGCCCGACAACUCGCAGCAUGGCUCUCCGGUACCGAGGCCUGUCGGACGAGGCAAGCGGCUCACCGAGGGUGGCAACACUCCCACAUCUACUUCAUCUUCUACCCCUACUCCCACCCCUACCACACACCCUCCUGGCAGAUUGAUGGACCGGGCACACACUUUAAGUCUCAGUCCUGUCAGGAGCGUCUCUUGCCAGUCGGAAGUUCUGGGAAGCCUG